UCAUGAAGGACCCACAAGCGACACACAGGCGUUUGUCGUCGAAAGUAUCAACAAAUCUUGAGUGUGAAUACAAUUCACCAUCCACUUUAUAUCAGCUUCAUCCUAACUGCUACACCGCAGCUGGUGUUGCUGUGACCUUUUUUACCUGCACCUAAUGUUGAGAAACAGCCACCAUGUUUCUGUAUAACCUGACACUGCAGCGUGCCACUGGCAUCACCCAUGCAAUUCAUGGGAACUUCUCAGGAACCAAGAUGCAGGAGAUUGUAGUGUCCAGAGGGAAAAUAAUUGAGUUGCUGCGUCCAGAUGCCAACACCGGGAAGGUUCACACCCUGCUGACUAUGGAGGUGUUUGGGAUCAUCCGCUCCCUGAUGGCCUUCAGGCUGACAGGAGGGACUAAAGACUACAUUGUGGUGGGCAGUGACUCAGGGCGCAUCGUGAUCCUGGAGUACCACCCUUCCAAGAACAUGUUUGAGAAGAUUCACCAAGAGACCUUCGGCAAGAGUGGAUGUCGCCGCAUCGUCCCUGGACAGUUCCUCGCCGUAGACCCCAAGGGCAGGGCAGUCAUGAUAGGUGCCAUUGAGAAGCAGAAGCUGGUGUACAUCCUGAACAGAGAUGCAGCAGCUCGUCUCACCAUCUCCUCUCCUCUGGAGGCACACAAGGCCAACACACUGGUCUACCACGUUGUAGGAGUGGACGUGGGUUUUGAGAACCCCAUGUUCGCCUGCUUGGAGAUGGACUACGAGGAAGCCGACAACGACCCGACUGGUGAGGCUGCCGCCAACACCCAGCAGACGCUGACCUUCUAUGAGCUGGACCUGGGUCUGAACCAUGUGGUGCGGAAGUACAGCGAGGCCCUGGAGGAGCAUGGCAACUUCCUGAUCACAGUUCCUGGAGGCUCUGAUGGGCCCAGCGGAGUUCUCAUCUGUUCAGAGAAUUACAUCACUUACAAAAACUUUGGAGAUCAACCGGACAUUCGCUGUCCCAUCCCGCGCAGAAGGAAUGACCUAGAUGACCCAGAACGAGGCAUGAUCUUCGUCUGCUCAGCCACCCACAAGACCAAGUCCAUGUUCUUCUUCCUGGCCCAGACUGAGCAGGGGGACAUCUUCAAGGUCACGCUGGAGACUGAUGAGGAGAUGGUUACGGAGAUCAGGAUGAAGUACUUUGACACCAUCCCUGUGGCCACAGCCAUGUGUGUGCUGAAGACUGGCUUUCUGUUUGUGUCCUCUGAGUUUGGCAACCAUUACCUGUACCAGAUAGCCCACCUGGGAGAUGAUGAUGAGGAGCCAGAAUUCUCCUCUGCCAUGCCCCUGGAGGAAGGAGAUACUUUCUUCUUCCAACCGCGCCCCCUCAAGAACCUGGUGCUGGUGGAUGAGCAGGAGAACCUUUCCCCCAUCAUGUCCUGUCAGAUUGCUGACCUGGCCAAUGAAGACACACCUCAGUUGUAUGUGGCCUGUGGCCGGGGACCCAAAUCCACCCUCCGAGUCCUCCGACACGGCCUGGAGGUGUCAGAGAUGGCUGUGUCUGAGCUGCCCGGAAACCCCAAUGCUGUGUGGACUGUGCGCAGACACAUUGAAGAUGAGUUUGACGCUUACAUCAUCGUGUCUUUCGUCAACGCCACCCUGGUUCUGUCUAUCGGCGAGACUGUGGAGGAGGUGACAGAUUCUGGCUUUCUGGGAACCACGCCCACCCUCUCCUGUUCUCUGCUCGGGGAAGAUGCCCUGGUUCAGGUUUAUCCUGAUGGGAUCCGUCACAUCCGCGCCGACAAGCGUGUCAAUGAGUGGAAGACCCCGGGGAAGAAGACCAUUGUGCGCUGUGCUGUCAACCAAAGGCAGGUGGUCAUCGCUCUGACCGGAGGGGAGCUGGUCUACUUUGAGAUGGACCCCUCGGGCCAGCUGAAUGAGUACACGGAGAGGAAGGAGAUGUCUGCUGACGUGGUGUGUAUGAGCUUGGCCAAUGUCCCACCUGGAGAGCAGCGCUCCCGCUUCCUGGCCGUGGGCCUCGUGGACAACACUGUUCGCAUCAUCUCCCUGGACCCGUCGGACUGUCUCCAGCCUCUCAGUAUGCAGGCCCUGCCCGCCCAGCCAGAGUCUCUCUGUAUAGUGGAGAUGGGAGGAGUGGAGAAGGAAGACGAGCUGGGAGUGAAGGGCACCAUCGGCUUCCUCUACCUCAACAUCGGACUGCAGAAUGGUGUGUUGCUCCGGACGGUGCUGGAUCCGGUGACCGGAGACCUGUCUGACACUCGUACUCGGUACCUGGGGUCGCGACCUGUCAAGCUCUUCCGUGUCAGGAUGCAGGGACAGGAAGCUGUUUUGGCCAUGUCUAGUCGCUCCUGGCUGAGUUAUUCCUACCAGUCUCGCUUCCACCUGACGCCCCUGUCCUAUGAGACUCUGGAGUACGCCUCUGGCUUUGCCUCUGAACAGUGUCCUGAGGGCAUUGUAGCCAUCUCCACUAACACCCUGAGGAUUCUGGCCCUUGAGAAGCUGGGUGCAGUGUUCAAUCAGGUGGCUUUCCCACUGCAGUACACACCUCGCAAGUUUGUCAUCCACCCAGAGACCAACAACCUGAUCCUCAUAGAGAGUGAUCACAAUGCAUACACAGAGGCCACCAAGGCCCAGAGGAAGCAGCAGAUGGCGGAGGAGAUGGUUGAGGCAGCUGGCGAGGAUGAAAGGGAGCUGGCAGCAGAGAUGGCAGCGGCGUUCCUCAACGAGAACCUGCCAGAGGCCAUCUUCGGGGCCCCCAAAGCCGGUUCUGGCCAGUGGGCCUCUCUGGUGCGUCUGGUCAACCCCAUCCAAGGCAGCACUCUGGACCUGGUCCAGCUUGAGCAGAACGAGGCUGCCUUCAGUGUGGCUGUGUGUCGGUUUGCUAGCGGAGGUGAUGACUGGUAUGUGCUGGUGGGGGUGGCUAGGGAUAUGAUCCUCAACCCCCGCUCUGUUGGAGGAGGUUUUAUCUACACCUAUCGGCUGGGAGGGGGAGGGGACAAGCUGGAGUUUAUGCACAAGACUCCGGUGGAGGAUGUUCCCCUGGCCAUUGCCCCGUUCCAGGGCCGUGUGCUAGUAGGUGUUGGAAAACUGCUACGAAUCUAUGACCUGGGCAAGAAGAAGCUGCUCCGGAAGUGUGAGAAUAAGCAUGUUCCCAACCUUGUAACUGGCAUCCAUACCAUUGGCCAACGGGUCAUAGUGACUGACGUACAGGAGAGUCUGUUCUGGGUGCGCUACAAGCGCAACGAGAAUCAGCUGAUCAUCUUCGCCGACGACACCCACCCUCGCUGGGUCACCACUGCCUGUUUGCUGGACUACGACACCAUGGCUUCAGCUGACAAGUUUGGCAACAUCAGCAUUGUGCGCCUUCCCCCCAACACCAGUGACGAUGUGGAUGAGGACCCAACUGGGAACAAGGCAUUGUGGGAUAGGGGUCUGCUGAACGGUGCCUCACAGAAGGCUGAAGUGAUCAUGAACUACCACAUUGGAGAGACGGUCCUGUCACUGCAGAAGACCACCCUGAUCCCCGGAGGCUCUGAGUCUCUAGUUUACACCACUCUGUCUGGUGGCAUCGGCAUCCUGGUGCCAUUCACCUCCCACGAGGACCAUGACUUCUUCCAGCACUUAGAGAUGCACAUGCGCUCAGAAUUCCCCCCUUUGUGCGGCAGGGACCACCUCAGCUUCCGCUCAUACUACUUCCCUGUAAAGAAUGUGAUAGAUGGAGAUCUAUGUGAGCAGUUCAACUCCAUGGACCCCCAUAAGCAGAAGAGUGUUGCCGAGGAGCUGGACCGUACACCCCCUGAGGUGUCAAAGAAACUGGAGGACAUCCGCACACGCUAUGCCUUCUAAAAAAACUACCAAAAAAAAGUUUUACAAAUGCAUACUAACUUGGUUAAGGCGAGGACAAGUGGAAAGCUCAUGGUUUCCUGCCAAGAAGUAGAAUGAACAGUUUUCUGCCUGUUCACCAUCUACGGACACUCAGAAACGACCUUUAGUCCCUGGUUCAUUAACCCAAAUACUUCACCAGUUGUGGCCAAUGGUAGUAAGUCUAUGGUGAAUGUUUACUGAGAGGUUUUCAGUCGCAGGGUGUCAUUUAAAGUUUUUUGUAAAUUUUUUAACAGUUGAUCAUGUGUAUAGCAUCAAUCCUACAGCUGAAUAAAGGAACUGUCAUUUGGUUUGAUAGCUUGUAUCGUGUGGUCUAGUGAACCCUGUGAUAGGUUUAGCUCAACUGUUUUUGCAUUGUGUAGUGUUGCAACAAUCCGUUUGAGUGUUUUUGCUGUACUUGAGUGCCACAAAUUAAAUUGACUUUAUUUUCUUCACUGUCAUAAGAAAUGUUAUUCUUCAACAGCUGUUUGUGCUUCAUUUAUUUUUUUUGGGGUUUGAGAAAUUGAGUUGACAGGAUUGUGUACAAUAUUUAAGGAAUAUUGCAGGAUUGUGGACCUCAGUGGGGUUUUUUGCCCUAGUCC